AUGGAGGGGCAUGAAGAGGAGAGAGUGUGUGGGAAAUGGAGGGUUGCCUGCGGUUUGAACAGUUAUAACUUGAGGGAUGUCUUCACAUGGCGUCUGCUGAAGACCAUUAUCAUGGGGCAGGUCUUGUCCCUGCUGAUCUGUGGAACAGCAGUGAGCUGUCAGUACCUGGCCGAUGCCAAGGUGGAGACUCCCAUGCUGCAGAGCUUCCUCAACUACGUCCUGCUGCUGCUUGUCUAUACAACCAUCCUCUGCACCCGCAAAGGUGACAGGAACCUCCUACAAAUUCUAAAAACCAAGUGGUGGAAGUAUUUGGUGAUGGGUCUGGCAGAUGUGGAGGCAAACUAUGCGGUUGUGAAGGCCUACCAGUUCACCACCCUGACAAGUAUACAGCUGCUGGACUGCUUUGUGAUCCCUGUGCUGAUGGUGCUUUCCUGGUUCUUCCUGAAGACUCGCUACAGGCUGCUCCACUUUGUAGCCGUGACGGUGUGCUUGUUUGGGGUGGGAGCCAUGGUGGGAGCUGACAUCCUGGCUGAAAGAGACCAGGGAUCCACCAGUCAUGUGGUGCUGGGAGAUGGUUUGGUCCUGCUCAGUGCUGCCCUCUAUGCUGUAUCCAAUGUGUGCCAAGAGCACACAGUGAAGAACUUGACCCGGGUCGAAUUCCUGGGCAUGAUGGGCCUCUUUGGGACCCUCAUCAGUGGCAUACAGCUAGCUGUACUGGAAACCCGUGCAGUAGCGGCAAUAACGUGGAACUGUCACAUUUCCAUGCUGUUUGCAGUCUACGCCCUGUGUAUGUUCGCGCUCUACAGCUUCAUGCCUGUAGUGGUGGAGAUGACCAGCGCCACCGCAGUCAACCUCUCUCUGCUCACCGCCGACCUCUUCAGCCUCUUCUGUGGCAUCUUCCUCUUCCACUACACAUUUUCACCCCUGUACAUCAUCUCGUUUGUCGUCAUCACUGUGGGUUUUGUCAUGUUCAACGCCCUUCCCUCGUACUCGGCGUUACCGGAGUCCAUCUCCAGUGAGGACGACCCCGCCGAGGCGUUUGCUGACCUCACAGCUGAGAGCCCCUCAGACCGUUUACUGUCCGCAGGCAAAGACAGUCAGGGAGCGGAGACACUCACUGCUGUGGCUGCACUGUGACUGAAGCUGACUGAAGACAGAGGGAGUUGGCUAAAAGCUGAUAGACUGCACCGCUCAGGUGUGUUUAUCCUCCAACAUAGGUAACUUUGAAGAGGACUCUCCGUUUUAACUUUGACAUUGUUACAGAAGUACAUUUUUUCUUGUACUGGGCUGGAAAGUUUACUUGUUUUUGGUAUUUUGCAUUUUCAUUAUCAAGGAAAAUGCAGUGGGUACCGUGUGACCUCUCCAUUGCUUGUGGUAGUUAACAGUUUACAUUGACACAUUUUUCAUUCCUAUUUUUAUGUUAACGUCAUUUAAAAAGAAGAACACAUUUGUUAACAGUGAUCGAAUAUCCGAUGACAAACACAAAGAAUGCGCUGCUGUUUAUUGUGCCAAAACUGAUGUUACUUCUUUUCUCCUAUUUUCUUUAAAAAAAUUAAUAUAUUUGAUAUUUUACAAAAUACCGGAGUCACCACUGCAUGAUGUAAUGUUUUGAAUUCGAACACAAUCACAAAGUUGUAUUUGACAUUUGUUGCCUUUGGUGCUGAAUUCUCAUUUGGUAAUCAAAUCUACUGUAAAUCACUGGGCUUUCUUUGCCUUAUGUAAAGCUUGGGAGCGUGCAGCAGGAGUUUUACUUUUUUACUAUUAAAUACAUUUUUAUUUUCUCUUAGGUCUGCAUCAUUUUUUACAAACGGACAGGACGUUACAUGGGGGCGUGGCAGUAUCGACGAUUCCAUUUUUGUAUUCGAUAUUCAACAUUGUGGCUUAAUUUCGAUAAAUUUUGAUUUAAAAUCAAAAUCCUGACACCCUUAGUAAGUAUGUAACAAGUAAUGAUUGUAUUAUUCUACCUGUUAAAGGAACUACACAGUACUACCAGGGUGUACUGUAUGUACAACAGGACAUUAUAACGUUACACAGAUAUGAUUUUGCAUGAGAUACAACAAAGUAUAUUUGGCUAUUUAUUAAACAUAGGCAGAGCGAGGAUCCUCAAAUGACAUUUGGACAAAAUUAUCUUGAGACAAGUUCCACUUACUAUUUUCUUCCACAGCUUUAAACAGCAUGUUGGUCUUCAUCAGUGGAUGGAGUAAAUUCUAUCCACUCAUUAAGGCUGGGUUUGGCGCUGCCGGUCCAGCAUCCUUUGCAUCGGGCCUGUUUUGUGUGCUUUUGUUGCAGGCCCUUACCUCCCCAGAUGUGCUCUCUGUACCUUUCACAACACAUUAAAAAGAUUAUACUCA